AUGAUUGAAAUAUGUGGAGGUGCAUGUUACGAAAUUCAGUCAUUUUGGGGUAUAUUUGAUUGGAUCGUCACUGUUAUUGGACCCUUAUGCAUGAUCAUUCUAUCUAAUAUGAUUCUCAUCGGGCGAGUAUUUCUUCAAAGACGUAAGAUGAUGAGAACCAACGUCUGGAGGAAUAAUCAAGCUUUGCUUGUACAACUUUUAUUAAUUACAUCAUUGCACUGUAUUGCUUGGCUUCCUCUAUGUAUUGUGAGUCUUAUUAGUCUGGUAGAAGUUCCAUCAUCUGAAGUCAUACAAGAACUUCAAAACAACUGGAUAUUAGUCAGUCCUAUAUAUUUGACUAUAAUUGUUUUUCCUGUUGUUUGUAUCUUUGCACUACCUGAGUUAAGAGACAAGCUUCGUUUAGUAAUUAAUUAUCAACGACAUCAUCGACCUGGUCACCGAAUUCAUCCAACAAGUGUGAAUAUAUGUCUUGAUACUCGACACUAA